UCUUCCCAUCUAUCGUACAUCGUAAUUGAAAUUUGACAAUAAAGUUAACACUAAAAGUGACACUCCAUAGCCAUGCCAGUUGCUCACAUGUUUAAAUUGAAAUUAAGCUAGUGGUUUUUGCAAAUUAUGGGGAAUCUAAAUAAAGAAUUAGAAAAAUGUAAACAUCCUAACGCAAGAAAAACAUUGGCUUUAGCCAAAAAAGCGAAAAAAGUCAACAACAGAAAUAAAAACAAACUUGCUAAUGUUAUCAAAACAUCUAUUAUAGGCGAAAAACUAGGAUGGUUUUCACAACAUAUAGAAGACAAAGUAGACCCAUUAACACCAGAAGAAUUUAAAAACUUAAUUGAUAAGUAUUUCCACAGAUUUGACGAAGAAAUUGAGCAAAUUAAUUUGAAACAAUCAAUAAGUAAAAAUAGACGAAAUCAACAUAUAGCUAGGCAAAAUGCUAUAAAAUUUACUUUAGAAAGGGAACAAAAUGAAUACAAUAGCGGUGGAAUAGAUUUGAUUAAUCUAUGCGAUUCUGAAAAAUUCAAAAUUCUAAAAGAAUGGGAUGGAAGCGCUAUAAAUAUACAACAUAUGAAAUUGGAUUUAAUAUCAAAAAAAUUUUUUGAAAAAUUAACUAAAAAUCAAAUAGAAAAACCCAAAAUCGUAAUAACACCACCAGAUGAAGAAGGUAAAUCAAUGGAGUUUUGAAACUGAACGUGUAAUAUUUAAAUUAAAGGAGAUUUAACAGGCAAAAGCCAGUUAAAACGUAAAAAGAAAAUAGUUUUCACUAUGCUUUUAUUUAAUUUUUUUUUUUUCGAAAAUCAUAAGGGUGCAUCUAAAAUUUGCCUCAAUUUUUGGUUACAAGGAAAAAUAUUAAUGAUAUCAAAAUAUAAGUCGGUAGGUACUAUCAACAUGCAUAAAAAAAAUGUUACAAAAAUAAAAAUUUUAUUAAAAAUCCGUAA